AUGCGCCACGCACCAGCCCAGGAAACGCAUCUCAAAUACCUACGCCAAGCGCUCUCGCUGGCACAGCUGUCCGAGCCCAAACCGACAAACUUCCGCGUCGGAUGCGUGAUCGUCUCCUACGCCUUGGGCACAGACGACACAGCGGGAACACCACUGUCGACAGGUUAUACGCUCGAGCUCGCGGGGAACACGCACGCCGAGCAGUGCGCGCUGGCGAAACUCGCCCAGCAGCAUAACAUCCCGGAGGAGCAGUUGAAUGAGGUACUGACGCCGGAAGUCAACGCCGUGCUGUAUACGACGCUUGAGCCGUGUGGGAAGAGGCUCAGUGGGAAUCUACCUUGUGUGGAGCGAAUCAUUGGUACGCGGCAGGGUAAUAGCAGUGGGGGGGUGAGGAAAGUGAUCUUUGGAGCAAAGGAGCCGGGCACGUUUGUGCAGGAAUCUCAGAGCCUGCAGAGGCUCGACCAGGCCGGUGUCGAGUGGGAAUUUGUUCAGGGGCUUGACGACGAGAUUCUGAAAGUUGCUAUGGAAGGUCAUGUUCAGAAGGACAAUGUUGGUCUGGAGCAUAACCAAGCUUCUUCACGGCCCGGGCAUCAAGGCCAGUCAGUUGGGAGAGAGUCACAGUCGCUGCAGCAAGGCACGAAUGUGGCCGAUAUCAGUCCGGAAGAACGGAAACGACAGGAAGCCCUACCGCGAAAUCCAAAGAAGAGAAUGAUGGAGGUCGAUGUUCCUCCCUGA